GUUGUCGAUUUAAAUGUUCCAGUAUAGACCAAGUUAUCAGGCGGCUCUGACACAAGGAAAGUUAAUGAUUCAAAGUCUUGUCAUUGAAUGACUGUUUGUUGAUACUGACAACCUAGUGCAACGGUGUAUUCAUAUCGCGUGCAGCGGGUGUGUUGUAAAUUAUUUAAGUAUUACUCGCUAGUUGCAUUAGGCAUCUACCAUAGUUACUUUGUUGCCGGAUUUAUCUCCCUUUAACGGAGAUUAAAGAAAUGUGUCCGAUUGGCUGGGAUGCUUGAACAGACAAUUCUGACUGAAACUUGAAAAGAUGCUUCUCAGUGCGCAUGCGUUUCAGACAUGAAACUGACAUCAUGGGAUGUACUUCGAGCAUGUCCAGAAGGAACUCUGAGGCCACUUCCUUCCGGUUGAUUCUAGUCGGUCUGGAUGGGGCAGGUAAAACUUCGCUUCUGUAUAAACUAUCCCUGGGUGAUUUUGUGACCACAAAGCCGACUCUGGGAUUUAACGUGGAGACUAUAAGCUACAACAAUAACACCAUCACCCUGUGGGACAUGGGAGGAACACCCAGCAUCAGGAGGCUGUGGAAACACUACUACCUCAACUGUCACGGUAUGAUCUUUGUAAUUGAUGGAUCCGCACGUGACCGACUUCAAGAUGCAGACGACCUGCUGACAUCAUUGCUAAUGGAAAAAGAGUUACACGGCAUUCCAAUGGUUUUUCUUGCAAACAAAAAAGAUAUAGAAGGUGCACUAACUGAAAAGGACGUGAUAGAGUAUUUCUGCUUGGACGAGAUCUCGAAUAGACUUUGUACUGUCCAAAGAACCAGUGCUCUGACGGGAGAGGGAAUCGAAAAAGCCCUCGACAACAUGAUCAGCUUCAGAAGACAUAUAGAAAGGAUGAAAGCAUAGCACGAAUUUUAAAACAUCGAACCCGAUGUGAUCUUAAAACUAGUCUACCGAACCCGAUUUAUACGAGAAUUUGACAAACAAGUGUAGCUUAGCUGGCCUUAUAUGGAAAGUGUCACAGAUUUUCUUUUCCCAAGCGGCCAAUAAGGUACAUGCAUGCAUACUGCCGUUCAAAGUGUCGGGGGAAAGUAUGAUAACUCAUACUUUUUUAGUUGAUACACGUAGUACAUGUAGGUCGAUACAUGUACAUGCACAAGUGAUACACUGUUAUGUGAUCUACAGCGCUCUGAGGAUCGAGAUUUUCAACACAGUCAAAGAAAGGAACGACUGAUACAUUCUGCUAACUAAAAGUAGAAGAUGUUUAUGUGUGUAUCGUUGCGAGUAAACAUUUUUAUAUGUUCAUCGACGCUAUACUUGGAGAUAUGACAAAUAUCCAUGAAUUUUCAAGUAUCCAUAACUUAUAAAAAUGUACAUUUAUGCAUUGUGUAGAUGGAAGCUGGAAGAGAAAGCUCAACAAAAACGAUAAUUGUUACAACUUCCGUUUAUUUAUCAUUAAUCAUUAUUUGCAAUCAAAAUAAAUAUUGUGAUAAAAAAAAUUGAAACAAUGAUUUUAUAUUAUUUUUAAGACUGUGUCAUACAGUAGGUUAUUGAUACAUAACAUAGAUUGCAUACUUUAUGAACAGUUAACAAUUUCGAAUACCAAUUAUUCUUUAUGA